AUGUGGACUCAGAAUGAGACUGCAGUGAAUGGAUUCAUUCUUCUAGGCUUUACCACUCAUCCCAUUUUGCAGCCAUUCCUUUUUAUGAUAUUUUUCACUAUGUCUAUUAUCACUGUUCUUGGAAACAGCCUGAUUAUCUUCUUGGUCUGGAUCAACUCCCGUCUCCACACAGCAAUGUAUUUUUUCAUUGGUAACUUAUCUUUGCUGGAUAUAUUCUUCACACUGAUCACUACCCCUCAAAUGCUAGCCCACAUGGCUUCUGAAACUAAAAUGAUCUCUUACAACAGAUGCAUGGCCCAAAUGAACUUAACCCUCUCCUGUGGGAUAACAGAAUGUUUCAUCUUAGCUCUUAUGGCUUAUGACCGUUAUGUGGCUAUAAGCUGGCCGCUGCGAUAUCCCAUCAUCAUGAGAAUGCCAAUGUGCAUACAGAUGGCUGGGAUAUGCUGGUUUGGAGGCUUUUUCAAUGCUGCAGCACUAACAGUAUGCACAGUAAAUUUUCCCUUCUGUGGACCUUAUGAAAUCAACCAUUUCUUUUGUGAAGCACCAGCUGUGCUUCAACUAGCUUGCCUGGACACCUAUAUGAUAAAGGUCUUCAUCUUUGCUCUGAGUGUAAUUGUCCUCAUGCUGCCUCUUGGCUUUAUAGUGCUCUCCUAUUUCCAGAUUGGCAGGGUGAUCUUUAAUAUGAAUUCAACUGAGGGGCGACAACGGGCUUUCUCUACUUGUGCCACACAUCUCAUCAUUGUUGUGUUGUUCUACAGCACCAUCUGUUUCACAUACUUGCAGCCCCAGUCUGACCUCUCUGCAGCUCAAGAGAAGAAAGCUGCAGUCUUCUAUUCUUUGGUCUCUCCUAUGUUGAACCCUGUCAUCUACAGCCUCAGGAACAAAGAUGUUAAAGAGGCCUUAGUUAAAGCAAUGGGGAAAGUGAAUUAAAUUUUGCUUUAUGAAUACUUUGUGCAUAAAUCCACUUAAUGCAUAUAUUUGUGAAAUCUUUUCUGACUCUGUUUUCUUGCCAAUAAAUUGUGCAAGUAUUCUUUAAAAAGACUGUUCUGUACAUCAUUCUAGAAUUAUGUAAGAAAUGUACAAAAUCUGAAGCUGUAUAUAUUGUUCAUUUCCUAAAGCACUAUAGGACUAUUAAACUGACAUACUUGGUACACAAAGUGGUUGCCAUCUAAAUUA